AUGGAUUUUUAUGUCAUUGAAGUGUGUCCACAACCAGCUUCCCUGAUGGUCUGGCCAGCUUUUGGAGGCCAGGAAAAGGGGGAAAAGGUCUAUUUGCGUGAACGUGGAGACAAGGAGGUUCAUAGCUACCCUGGAGUUCAUAAAGAACCCGGGAUUGCAUCUGUGGUACAGAGUCAGCUCAGUAGUACCAAGGACCACCUGCCUGAUAACAAGAGCCUGUGUAUGGGUUUUGAAAGGAAGGUGACCAUCACCUUCUGUAAUCUGGGUAUUUUCUUGCAUACACCUCCGCUAGCCUGUAAAGCAGCUCUCCUGCUCACUGCGAUGACCACUCCACUGGAAGAUGCAAUGGACACCUUGAUCAGGAUUUUCCAUCACUACUCGGGCAAAGAAGGAGACAGGAACAAGCUCAGUAAAGGAGAACUCAAGGAGCUCCUCACCAGUGAGCUCACUGACUUCCUUUCAGGCCAAAAGGACCCCCUCCUGGUCGAUAAAAUUAUGAAUGACCUGGACUCCAAUAAGGACAAUGAAGUGGAUUUUAAUGAAUUUGUCAUUCUGGUUGCUGCUUUGACAGUGGCAUGUAAUGAUUUCUUUGAAGAACAGCUAAAGAAAGAGGGAUUUAAAAAAUCCUCGAUGUAA